AUGGCCUCAUCGUCGUCCAAUGUUGUUGGGGUGCAUUAUCGCGUCGGAAAAAAGAUAGGAGAGGGCUCUUUCGGCGUCAUUUUUGAAGGCACCAACCUGCUUAACAACCAACAGGUAGCAAUCAAAUUUGAACCAAGAAAGAGCGACGCCCCUCAACUGCGCGAUGAAUAUCGCACCUACAAGAUCCUAGUCGGCUGUCCUGGCAUCCCCAAUGUCUACUACUUUGGUCAAGAAGGUCUUCACAAUAUUCUUGUAAUCGAUCUCCUUGGCCCGAGUUUGGAAGAUCUUUUCGACCACUGCAACAGACGCUUCUCAAUCAAAACUGUCGUGAUGGUUGCCAAACAGAUGCUCUCUAGAGUACAGACGAUACACGAGAAGAAUCUCAUCUACCGCGACAUCAAACCCGAUAAUUUCCUCAUUGGCCGACCUGGGACGAAGGCUGCCAACGUCAUUCAUGUGGUAGACUUUGGAAUGGCCAAACAAUACCGAGAUCCGAAAACGAAACAACACAUUCCUUACCGUGAGCGAAAAUCUCUGUCCGGCACAGCGCGGUAUAUGAGCAUCAACACACACUUGGGACGAGAACAGUCACGACGAGACGACCUGGAAGCUCUGGGGCAUGUCUUCAUGUACUUUUUGAGAGGCGGAUUACCCUGGCAAGGUCUGAAGGCAGCCACCAACAAACAAAAGUACGAGAAGAUUGGUGAGAAGAAACAAACAACCGCCAUCAAGGAUCUGUGUGAGGGCUUUCCAGAGGAGUUUAACAAGUAUCUCAGCUAUGUCCGUAAUUUGGGCUUUGAGGAUACUCCGGACUACGACUUCCUACGAGACCUGUUCACGCAAGCGCUGAAGAACACCGGUGAAGUGGAGGAUGGUGAAUAUGACUGGAUGAAGUUGAACGGCGGUCGUGGCUGGGAAGCUGUCAAACAACAUCCGUCGCAACUUCACCUGCACAACGCCAACCCCCCUGCGGAUGCCUCUGCUCGUGCCUUGCACGGAGCGUCUGGUGUCCGAGGGGCAGAUGCUCAACGACCUUCACGAGACCGAGCAGCAAUAUCGGCCGACCGUUUAAACGCAGCGCAGCCCCCGCCCCCAGGGUCCCCAGCGAAGCCGGGAGUAGCGGCCAUGGGGAAGAGCGCUCGAGACCGCACAAGCGGCGCCGCCGGGGGCAAUCUUCCAAAGAGAAGUAGUGGGUCGGCCGGCCAACUGGACAUGAACACUCCUCCAGCGAGCACCCAAGCCCAGUUCCAAAACAGCAACGCCAAUCUGGUGAACCAACAGGCGAGAACAAGUCCCGCUACAGGGGCCUUACAGAACAACCAGGGGCGUCCCCCUCAACAACAGGAACCGCAACCUGGUUUCUUCCAGAAGAUGGCGAAGGUGCUCUGUUGUGGUUGA